CACAGUCAUCUGCUGCUCUUGUGUUUGUCUUGAAAUGUGUAUAUCAGCAUGUGGACGUCUCUGACGAAGUUAGAUCUGGCCUCUGUAGGCAUGGCUCUGUCUCUUAGUUUUAUUUUUAUAGUUCUGUUCGAGAUCUUUAGGAUUAACUCCUGCAGAGCUCAAACUCCACCUGGUCCCAGACCGCUGCCUUUUGUUGGAACCAUACCGUAUUUUUUAAAGAACCCAAUGGAGUUCAUAAGAUCAUUAUCUCAGUAUGGAGAGAUGACCACUGUGUAUAUUGGGAGAAAGCCAGCAGUAUUCCUCAAUACAGUGGAGAUCAUGAAAGAAGCCCUGGUCCAAAAUGCUUCAUCUUUUUCAGGAAGGCCACCUGUACCACUGCUAAUCUGGAUCACUGAAGGAUAUGGUAUCUUAAUGGCCAAAUACUCUUGGAAGCAGCAGAGACGGUUUGCUCUGCACACGCUAAGGAACUUUGGACUGGGGAAAAAGUCUGUGGAGGAACGUGUGACAGAGGAAAGCAGUUAUCUGGUUCCUGAAAUGCUCAGAUUGGAAGGCGAGCCGUUCGACCCACAACAUGCAAUACAGAAUGCCGUAUCCAACAUUAUCUGUUCCAUUGUGUUUGGGGAUCGUUUCGACUAUGAUAACAAGAGCUUCACAUACCUUCUGGAAAUCUUGAAGGAGAAUAUCAUUCAGUCAGGAUCCCUUGUUGGACAGGUAUUUAACUUGCUUCCCAUCAUCAAACAUUUCCCAGGGCCACACCAGAAAAUCUAUCAGAAUGCAAAAGAGUUGAAAGAGUUCAUCAGGAAAGCAGUCAGAAUGCACAGAGAAAAUCUGGAUCCAGACAGUCCACGGGACUUUAUUGAUGCCUACCUGCUAGAGAUUGAGAAACAAAAGUCCAACGAGGACUCAACAUUUCAUGAGGAUAACAUGGUUAUGUCAGUAGCUGACUUGUUUCUGGCUGGAACCGACACCACAGCGACCACCAUCAGAUGGGGGCUCAUCUACUUGACUCAAAACCCAGAUGUACAAGAGCGAUGUCAUGAGGAGAUUGUUCGGGUGCUGGGUUACGACCGUUUGCCCAGCAUGGAUGACCGUGACAAACUACCGUACACAUAUGCCACUGUUCACGAGAUUCAACGCUGUGCCAACAUUGUACCCUCUGGUGUGUUUCAUGAAACAACUCAGCCCACAAAACUACGAGGAUACGACAUUCCCAACGGCACCACGGUGUUUACCAACUUAACAGCAAUUUUAACUGAUAAGGAGCACUGGAAGUACCCAGACACCUUUAACCCAGAGAAUUUCUUAGAUGAUAAUGGACAUUUCUUCAAACCAGAGUUUUUCCUCCCUUUCUCCUUUGGUCCGAGGGUCUGUCUCGGUGAGACCCUAGCUAAGACGGAGCUCUUCCUCUUCGUCACCUCUCUCUUACAGCGGAUUCGUUUCUCCUGGCCACCUGAUGCGAAGUGGCCAGACAUGAAUGGGAUUGUCAGUGUGGUCCGCUCUCCUGAGCCAUUCAACAUCAUCUGCCACAGCAGAGGAUCCACAGAGUGACCUUCAGUACACUUUCCAACUUCUACAUGAGUUUCCAAAGUUUCCGUCUGUUUUUAGACAUAGCUCUGCUUCUUGAUGUUAAUAGAUUUAUCCUGAAGGUAUAAUAUUCUAGGUUAAAGUUUUAGUUAUGGUUUUGAAGGAUACUGUACCUAUUUGUUGUAAAGUGUAUCUUCUACCAUAAUAAAAAAGUGCUGUAAUACCACUGUAA